AUCCGAUGACGGUGGAGGUGACUGUAGCUCGGACAUCGGACGGCGCGUCUGCAGUUGAGUGUCAUGGAGACGUGGAGUCGGAUCGAGAGGAAGUGCCGCGAUCGCUGCCCACGAUCCCCCGCACCAAGCGGGAAUACGAGUCGCAAUACAGAGGCCGUUACCUGAUUUGGCCUGGAGUUGCCUUGCUGGUGGUGUUAGCUGUGGUUGGUGUGGUGCUCACGACAGUGUACAGUUGGAAAGCCCACAACGCCAUGGCCAGUCGACGCAGCGACUUCAAUUCACGCAUGGGAAAACGAUUUUCUAUCGGGGGAGACGACGGGAGUGAAGGAGGGGACGGUGGCGGCGAAGACGGAACCCUGCGCAACCCCGCGACUUAUGCCAAUCGAGAGUGCGCAAUGCCGAAUUACAAGUCAAAGCAAGGCAAGAUCUUUGCGGUCGGCCCGCGCGGCGAAGAAGUGGCCUUGGGGAUCAAAGGCAUCAAUUGGUUUGGCAUGGAAACAGGGCUCGCCAUCCCGUUUGGGCUGUGGGCCAACGACAUGAACGGCACCACCGUCUACGAAGUGGCUCGGUUUCUGGCCAAGAACCGGUUCAACAGCGUGCGAUUGCCGCUGUGUGUGUCGCACAUCCUGACCAACCAAAAGCCACAACAAGACGUGAUCAACAUCCAGGAGAACAAAGCUAUCAACGCGUCCACGUACAUGUCGGCUCUGUCGAGCAUCGUUCAAACGCUGGCGUUCCGCAACAUCUCGGUGCUGCUCGACAUGCACACGCUGACGCCAUUUGAAUCUGGCGGACUGCCAUGGACGAGUCCGACGGAAGCCACCGCGUUCUUCGAUGCCGUCGACGUGUUGACCGCCCAGCUGUGCAACGCCAAGCACUGGAACAUCAUCGGCUUGGACCUGAAAAACGAGCCCCACUUGGCGACGUGGGGCGACGGCACCGCGACGGACUUUCAGCUCAUGGCCCAACGCAUCGGCAACCGCAUGCUGUCCAAGUGUCCGACGUGGCUGGCGUUCGUCGAAGGCAUCAACGCCCCCCGCACCCUCGCCAUUGACGGGAAAUCGUUUGCGUUUUCAGACUGGUGGGGCGGGGGUCUCGAAGAGGCGGGCGACAAGCCCGUGGAGCUCGGGCUGGAAUCGAAAGUUGUGUACGCCCCGCACUACUACAACCCGGCCGUGUACCCGCAGCUGUAUUACCUGAAGAGCGGCACCCGUGCCGGCGACACCAUUAUCAACUACGAAGAGCUCGACGAUGCAACGCUAGCACUUCGGGUCCAAGCGACUUCGGAGCACAUGUUUGGCCACUUGCGCAAAACCCAAGAAGGGGCUCUGGUGAUGGGCGAGUUUGGCGGGUUGUACUCGCAGGACUUGCAUCCGAUGAAGACGACCCAACGCGCGACGGAAGCGCUGAUUGAGAUCAUGAAGCAACCGGGGUACGCUGGCGGGUACCUCUGGGCGCUCAACCCCGAGUCCGCCUACCAGUUCAACCCGUCCAACACGCGCGUGACCACGACGGAGGGACUGCUGGACGAGACGUGGCUCAAUGUGAACGAGCCAUUUCUCAGAGCCAUGGCGGCCAUGGACUCGCUCCCAAAUCUGCGGUCAUUUCCUUGCUUUACCCCGUAGGGGAGUUAAUAUAUUGAGCUAAAAAGUUACUAGUCGAACUACGUACUGUAGUUGCUUUGACC